AAAUGACCCUUAGCCAUGGCCAAAAGACAGAGCAAGCUAAUUCACUCUGACCAUAAACUGUAUCCACAGCCAUUACAAAACGCCAUCUCUCUUUCCAUCAUUCCAACACCGCCACCGCCGCCGCAUCAAUCGCCGCCGCCGUUUCCGUUUCAAAAAAUGUCAUCCAUUUCACUUCGACUUUUAGCUACUUCUGGCCUGAGUUCUCACCGAGUUAACUCAACCAGACUAUGUGCAACGCCGACCCAGAUAGUGGCUCCUCCUUCUGGUGAACCGGGUGUCGACGAGUCAAGGCUUGAACCAAGAGUGGAGGAAAAAGAAGGGUACUUUGUUUUGAAGGAGAAGUUCAGACAGGGGAUUAAUCCACAGGAGAAAGUUAAGAUUGAGAAAGAACCCAUGAAGUUGUUUACUGAGAAUGGGAUUGAAGAACUUGCUAAUAUGUCAAUGGAAGAUAUUGAGAAAUUGAAAGUCAAUAAGGAUGAUAUUGAUGUUCGUCUCAAAUGGCUAGGACUUUUCCACAGGAGAAAACAUCAAUAUGGAAGAUUUAUGAUGAGAUUGAAGCUACCAAAUGGGGUUACAACUAGUGAACAAACCCGUUAUUUGGCUAGUGUGAUUAGGAAAUAUGGUAAGGAAGGUUGUGCAGAUGUUACAACUCGUCAAAAUUGGCAAAUUCGUGGUGUUGUUCUUCCUGAUGUACCGGAGAUCUUAAAAGGUUUGGUUUCUGUUGGAUUGACGAGUCUUCAAAGUGGAAUGGAUAAUGUUCGUAACCCAGUUGGGAAUCCGAUUGCUGGCAUUGAUCCUGAUGAGAUUAUUGACACUAGAGCUUAUACUAAUCUGUUGUCGCAGUUCAUAACAGGGAAUUUUCAGGGCAAUCUUGCUUUUACCAAUCUGCCUAGGAAAUGGAAUGUAUGUGUGGUGGGAUCUCAUGAUUUGUAUGAACACCCACAUAUUAAUGAUCUUGCUUAUAUGCCGGCUACAAAGAAUGGGAAAUUUGGAUUCAAUUUGCUCGUUGGUGGAUUCUUUAGUCCGAAGCGAUGUGCGGAGGCUGUGGCGCUUGAUGCUUGGGUUCCGGCCGACGAUGUGAUCGGAGUUUGUGGUGCUGUUCUUGAAGCUUAUAGAGAUCUUGGAACUAGAGGGAAUAGACAGAAGACUAGAAUGAUGUGGCUCAUUGAUGAACUUGGUAUUGAAGGAUUCAGGGAAGAGGUAGUGAAGAGAAUGCCUAGUGGAGAACUCGAAAGGGCGUCUUCGGAAGACUUAGUCCAAAAGCAAUGGGAAAGAAGAGAGUAUCUCGGUGUCCACCCACAAAAACAAGACGGGCUCAGCUUCGUCGGCCUACACAUACCUGUAGGUCGUGUCCAAGCCGACGAUAUGGACGAGCUAGCCCGUCUAGCCGACGAGUACGGCUCGGGCGAGCUCCGACUUACGGUGGAGCAAAACGUAAUAAUCCCAAAUGUAGAAAACUCGAAACUCGAAUCCCUUCUCAACGAGCCUCUUUUAAAGGAAAAAUUCUUGCCCGAUCCUCCCCUUUUAAUGAAAGGACUAGUUGCAUGCACUGGAAGCCAGUUCUGCGGGCAAGCGCUUAUCGAGACGAAGGCUCGAGCCUUGAAGCUGACCGAGGAAGUGGGUAGGUUGGUUUCGGUUAAUAAACCUGUUAGGAUGCAUUGGACGGGCUGCCCGAAUACUUGCGCGCAGGUACAAGUGGCGGAUAUAGGGUUUAUGGGAUGCUUGACUAGGAAAGAUGGGAAGACAUUGGAAGGGGCUGAUGUUUAUUUGGGUGGAAGAAUUGGAAGUGAUUCACAUUUAGGGGAUAUUUAUAAGAAAAGUGUCCCUUGUGAGGACUUGGUGCCCUUAGUUGUUGAACUUUUGGUUAACCACUUUGGGGCUGUUCCAAGGGAAAGAGAAGAAGAUGAUGAAUAAGUAGUUAGUCUUAAGGUCUUUAUAAUAAAACUAUUUGGGUUAUUUGUAUUUUUUGUUGUUGUUGUGAUGCAAGUUUUUAUAAAAAUAAUAAUAUUUACACUUGUAUAAAUUGGUGUAUUAAGUGUUUGAUUGAUUUGAUUUUAUGGUUUUUAUACCAUUCCUUGAUUCCCUA